CGACGGAGAAGCUCGAGCAGCGAGCAGGAGGAGGGGCGGGGGGUCUCCGGGCCGGGACGGCCGGGCCCCAUGGGCGGGUGUGUGGGCUCUCACCACGACUCUUCGGGCAGCCUCAAUGAGAACUCGGACGGCACCGGAGUUGCCCUUGGCCGUAAUCAGCCCAUGAAAAAGGAGAAGCCGAAAUGGAAAAGUGAUUACCCCAUGACAGAUGGACAACUGCGUAGCAAGAGAGAUGAAUUUUGGGACACCGCACCUGCUUUUGAAGGCCGCAAGGAAAUCUGGGAUGCCUUGAAGGCUGCAUCGCAUGCGUUUGAGAACAAUGAUCAUGAACUGGCACAAGCAAUCAUUGAUGGUGCAAAUAUAACUUUACCACAUGGUGCUCUGACAGAAUGCUAUGAUGAACUGGGAAACAGAUACCAGCUUCCUGUCUACUGCCUUGCCCCACCCAUCAACAUGAUAGAAGAGAAGGGUGACCUAGAGACUCUGGAUUUUCCAGAUCCACCGCCUAACUCCGGUCAUGAAUGCCAGCUUCGUUUACGUCUCUCAACAGGCAAAGACCUCAAACUUGUGGUCCGCAGUAUGGACACUGUGUAUCACAUGAAGAGACGACUACACACAGUGGAAGGCGUAGAACCUAGAAGUCAGCGAUGGUUUUUUUCAGGCCGGCCACUCGCAGACAAAAUGAAACUGGAGGAACUGAAAAUACCAAGGGAUUAUGUGGUGCAAGUAAUUGUGAGCCAGCCCUUAACAAAUCCUGUCUUGGUGGAGAACUGAUUUUUGCCUAUAUGCCUCUUCUUUCUUUUCCCUGCUCUUCUAUCAUGUGGGGACUUUUUCACUUUCCAUUCUCUCCUGCAAAUGGUUUGGUUCCAAGCAAAGGCCAGCAAACACUCCAUCUGUGAUGGAAUUUAGGUAAAAACAUACAUGAGCAAAUAUACGCACACACAAACCUUACGUAUAAACACACAGUCCCUGUUCCUAAAUUAUCCUUGGAGGCUUUGUUCAAUUUAGUAUUUCUUGACACCACUCUUAACAAAGUAAAUGGAAAAAUGCUUGUGAUAGAGUGAGCCUGAAAUUCAAGGUUGAUAAUGCUAAAACUGUGCUUUGAACUGUAAGUGAUGUAUUGAUCCAUGAAGGUGAAAAGCACUUUUUAAAGGAUUAAACCAAAUGGAACUGUUUCAUGAAAUCAGUGUCACUUAUAGUUCAGCUGAUCAUUGUAGCUCCCCUGGUUAAUCUAGCAUGCUGUGAUAGUUGUAGGGGUUCUUUCUAUUAGGGUUUUAUUUACUGGCUCAAUAAGACUCCUGCUUAAUAGCGAGUAGCAAAGAACUAGAGGUACACUCCAAUAAUGGUAUAUUCUCAAAUUCAGGUUUUACUACAUUUUGGUACAUUCCAAUUUAGCAACAAUUUGCUAGGGCUGACUUCAGGGUGUAUAAAUACUGCCGUCUGACAAAUUAGGCAAUAAUUUAUUAAAUACAUAAUUUCUUGUCUACUGUAAGCUGUCCACUAUAAGGAAACUUGCUGUACAAACCUCUGUCACCAAUAAAAGGGCCUACCAAUAAUUCUACACUAUUAUGAUAGAUGAAAAAUCAAUUAUUCAAAGUUUACCAGUUUGAAAAUAUUAAAGGCACAGGACAUCUUUUAUUUAAUAUGUUCAGCUCUGAUGUUUAGAACAAUAGUUUUGAAUCUUCUUUACCCUCAAAAAUAGCAAUGAACUAAUUAGGAAAAAAGCACAAGCUGGUUUCAUACACUUUUCUAAUAAGAGUUUGACUUGCUUGAUAGCAUUUUUACCCACUGAUAUUUGUAUUUUCUUGCCAUAAUCAAGCCUGAGGUUUUUAUUCCUACUCAGAUUAAAUAUACAUAUGUAUGUAUGCGCACACACUCAGACACACAUACACUGUCAUUGUACACAGAAUGAGAGAAAAUUAUGAGAAAGGAUUGGAAAAAAAAACCCUCACUAGCAGGUGAAAAUAUUAAUAGCCUGUAUAGCACUAGAUCUUUCCAAUAUACCAUUAGACCCAUAAGUACAUUUUUGGGGAUUCUGCAUUGCAUGUAGAAUUACGUUAUUUUCCCUGAAUUCCUAAAUAAGUUGUAGAGAUGGAAGCUUGCAUUAAGACUGGGUUAAUUUAGUUUGUAAAAGCAGCAUAUAUACCCCAUAAACAUUUAAAUAAGAGAGCAUCUUUCAAGUGCUCUUAUCUUCCAUGACACCUGUUCAUACUUAUGCAUUUAACAGUGUAUAAAGAGUGCCUGUGGCAAAUAGAUUAUAACUUUUUAUAGUUGAUAGGUUUUAAAUGAUGUUGUCAUUUAUCUAGACCUCAAUGUGAACCUUAGCAAUAUCAUACAGGAUUUUUCCCUUUAGAAUCUGAAGGUAAGACAUUCUUUAGGGGAGUAGGUACAGUAUAUCCUUUUAAGAGUGUUUUGAGCGACGUUAGUAAUUAUUCUCUCUAGAAUAAUAAAUACAUUGGAGAAUGGCACUGAUAAAAUGUAUCAGAACAAUGGGCAUAUUCAUUAAAUAUAUUAUUUUAAAGUGGGGCCUGUCUUUGGGUCUGCUCCUUGAUUCUGAUAUGGUCAUGUGCUUGAUAGUAAUGUCAUUAUUUCUGAUAUGUUUGCUGGCUAAAUACCAAAUCUAAUUUAUCUUUCUUUAUGCACAUGGACCUUACAGUUACAGAACUUCCAGUUUUAAUUAAACUGAUUUUUUAAAAAAAAGAUACAAUGUGCAUUAUCCCGAUUUUUUCAUUUGGAAAUCAGUUUUUAUAUUUACAUGAAUGUAUCAUGCAUCACAACUAUAGAACUCUUCUGGUUGUUGUCUAUUACUGUCUGAUCUAGAUUAGGGUCAGUUAAUAAUUAAAAUGUUUUUUAUAGAAAUAUUCCAUAAACAAUAACUGUUUUCAAAUUGUUAAGUUUCCCAUUUUCUGAAAUUGUUGUUGGUGUCCCAUUAAUAUUAAGAGCCCAACAGGCAUUGAAUGAAUUCAAAAUCCUGCAUAUCACUAGGGAUAUUUUUUAAUAUUGUGACUAAAUGAAGCAAAGUCUGGAUGUGCUUUAAGUGAAAUUUAAAUUUCUACAAUGUUAGAAUUUUCAUUUAUUUGGGCAGUGCCUGAAUAAGGAAUAUGCACUACAUGCUGUGCAAGUUGCAGGAUUAUACAUCAGGAAAACUAUGACAAAAAUUAUUAUUUAGCACUUUUUAUUUUUUUCCCAGGACUAUUUAGAAAAGGAAGAAAAAUUGCAGCUAUUAAGGAAAAGGUGAAAGUAUAUAUAUGAUGAUUUUUGUAACUAGUACCCUUUUUAUGUAUUAACCAAGUUUAUCAAAUUAAGUUUCCUGAUUGUCCCUCAGUGAAUUAUAUUUACAGUACUAUUGCCACAAACAUGGGGAUGGGGUGGUGGAAUCAGCACAAAGGGAGUGAGCACCAGCUUCUUCCUGUCAACUGAAUUAAUAGGUAAAUCGAAAGAGCCAAGGAACAGCCUCUGCUUCCUUUCCUUUUUCUCUUCAUUGAGAUAAGAGAGCUGUCCUGUUAUUCAGAGAAGGAAGUUGAUGCUUUUCAGUGUUGAUGCAUCAGAAUUCAAUUGUGGAUCUUCAACAGCUGCCCAAGAAUGCUGGCCAAUAUGAUUAUAGACCUUUUAGAAUUACUGUAAUAAUUUUGUAAAAACAACAUCUGGAAUAUAGUCAGCUGUAAAGCGCUCAUCAGUAACCCUACUGCUCAGAAGUAAUAACCAUCAGAAUGCAUUAAAAUGAUUUCUGUGGGCUUUUAUGAACAGAAUGCACAUUGGAACAAUUUUUUUUAAGGCUCUGAUCAUUUUUCUCUAACAUGCUUAUAAAACAGCAUGGAAGGCACAUUGCAAAACAUUCCCUGAAAAAAUGAAGGAUACCAUUCUUACAAUUAGAAUACUUUGGAAGACAAAAACGAAUUAUAAAGUUAGAAUUUGGUUAACGCCAACAAAAGAUCAAUUUGGGGCAGGUGCAUGAUAAUUUAAUUCUUCUUUUGCACUGAUAUAAGAUCUAUUCAUAAAUAAGGGAUAUUUAAUAUCUGGUUUAAUUCAUGCAUAUCAUGAAUAAUUUUUACUUUGAAUAGAAAUUGUUUCUCAGAACAAAGGAAGAGUCUGGUGAGUCUAUUGUUUCUUUUUCUGCUCCACAGAAGUUUAUAAUAUAUCAUUACCACCAUCAUCCGACUCUUAAGAAAUAAUAAACCAACUACUAUAGACUUUUAAUGUUGUUAAUCUGCAAGACAGAACAAUUUCAUUUGUUGCUUGAACAGAGGUUCAAGCAAGCACUGUGUUAAACUAUAUCUAUAUGUAGUCAAGAUUCUGAUUCACUGUCAGCUCAGUGUCUACAAAAUGUGCCUCCCUUUUCACUCCUAUGUAAGGUAGUAUAUCUUACAAAGAUAUAACACUUGGCCUAGUUAUCAAAAGCAAAUAAGAGUUUUCCCAAUAGCCAUAUCAAAUUCCCAUAACAUUUCUAAUUAACAUUCUUUUGCUGUUGAAUUAGAGCUACAAAUAUAUCCAAUAGUAACUCUGUUUGAGCCCUUGUCUGGCAAAGGUGUCAGUACUAUAUGCUUCAGAGUUAAUGGAUAAUUUAUAAUUUGCUUGUUCUGGAAUAGUCUGAAAG